AUGGGGCCGCGCGGGCCGGGCGCGGGCGCGGGCUCCGGCGGCGGCGGCGGCGGGCUCGGGCGCAGGCAGCGGCCGCGGCGGCCGCAUGCAAAUCCGCUCCCUGCCCCCACGCCCCUCCCCCCGAGAGGUGCACCUGUUCUUCAGCCGGCCCGCAGCCAACCCUCGGCCAGCACUCUUCCAGAGAGACCAAUCCCAGCGCAGCGCGGAGGGCUAGCGGCCCGGCUCCUCUCGCUCCAGCCGUUCGCUGCUGCGCGCCGCUGCCGCCGCCGCCCGAGAGUCAAACUCCAGAGAACCGCGCCGCUGUCGCCGCCUCGAGCGAGGGGCUGGGGGCGCACCGGGCGCCCGCGGCGGGUGCGGUCUGACCCGCCUCCGAGGGACUCAACAAGCAGGCAGAGGAUCGGAAAUCACGCCCCGGCGCCCUGCCGGGUUGAGCGUGGGGGACGAAAGCGGGAGACUGCGUCGGGGGUCCCGGGGGACGUAGACCCCGGGCCGAGGGCGUCUCCAGGCGGGCUCUGGCUGCCAGGCGGGUGGAAAGCCAAACGUUACACUGAAGAGACUGCAGAGAGCAGAGGAUGCAUUGAAACAGGAAGCCCCUGGGGUUUGGUGCCUACCAGAGUACUUUGCACAGACACGGUUAAUAAAUUAUUUUUGAUGGCAGUAAUGCGGCUGUCACCUCUUUCAGCUAUAGCAUUGAGACUUUCCCCAUAGGAAAGCUUUUGAUUUUUACUUUGAUGGAACAUGCCUUAAUCUAGUAGUGCUGAAUUAUGGUUCCAAAAAUUGCAAGCAAAAAACAAACAAAAACAAAACAAACAAAAAAAAAACAUAAAACAGAAUCCUUUGAAUCCAAAUUCCUUUAGCUUUCCAAUGUAAAGCACUGCCCUCUUAAGUAAAAACUGACCCAGUAUCUACCUUCUGUAGGUGCUAGGAAUCUACUUCCCAGCUAGGAAUCUACU